CCCCGCGUCUUUUAUCACGCCCCCGAAAUAUUUCCCCUUUACAACCUUCCCGCCGGCAUCGCCAUGUCCCUAGCUAAUAGCGAAAGCUUCAUUGAGCCCCCGAAUAGCGCGGACGACUCCGACGACAUCGCUUCCUUGCCUUCUUCUUCCACAGGCUCUUCCGUCGAUGAUGAGGAAUACCUAUCAGAUGCAGAAAGAGAAUGGAGGGAAUCUUUGCAACAAAUGGAGUUACUGUUGACCAUGGUGGUGGUGCCGUACGUGGGGAAAUACUUUGGGAGGAAAUGCGCAUACUGGGGCUGGGCUAAAUUUAUGGAAUGGAAAUACCCCGUGGAAAUAGUCGUCACGAACCCGAAGUUAUACAAAGGCGCCGGAGCCGUCGAGGCAGCGGCAUCAUUAUAAAGGAUUCAACACUACCACGUUAGGAGUGAAUUGUGCAUAUAUACAUUGAAGCAAAGGCGUUUGGCGCGUACAAGUGUUUAUUGUGAAGUCAUCGGCAUUCAGAUAAUUGUACAAAAUACCAAGGUGUAAAUAACAACAAGGCUAUAUUUCGUCUCCAUCAACAAUUUCCGAGGCGCUUACAGAGUACAUGCUGCCAUGGUUUUUGGAACAAUUUUGAUUAGUAGUUUCUUUUGGGGGUUUCCAUACAGAACUAGUUGCCUUCGAAUGCGUGCAUCCGACCGUCAGGAUGUCACAACC